CGCGGCAAGAUGGCGGCGCCGGCGCUGAGGCGGCGGUGCGGGCGGGCGGCGGGGCUGUGGGGCUGCCCUCUCCGGGCUCCGCCGCCGCCGCUCCCUCUCCGGCGCCGAGCCCACCACCAUCAGCAGGAGCAGCCGCGGCGGGCCCGGGGCGCCGGGGGUCUGCUGGCGGUGCAGUGCGAGCGCGGCCUCUUCCAGGAGGUGUUCCCGGCGCAGAGCGCGGAGGAGCAGCUGCCGGGGCUGCUGGAGCCGGGCCGCCCGCCCCUCACCGCCUACUGCGGCUUCGACCCCACCGCCGACUCGCUGCACGUCGGGCACCUGCUGCCCGUUAUGGGGCUCCUCCACUUCCAGCGGGCCGGCCACAACGUUAUCGCCGUGGUGGGGGGCGCUACGGCUCGGCUGGGGGACCCCAGCGGGAGGGAGCGGGCGCGGGAGGCGCCGUCGGCCGAGCGGGUGCGGGAGCAGGCGCGGGGUCUGCGGGCCGGCCUGGAGCGGCUCUUCGGGAACCACCGGGAGCUGUUCUGGGGGGCGAGCGGCGGGCGGCUGGGGCGGGCGGAGCUGCUGGAUAACGCCUGCUGGCUGGGGAGGGAGCCGCUGCUCGACUUCCUCGGCGGGGCGGGCGGGCGGCUCCGCAUGGGGACGCUGCUGAGCCGGCAGAGCUGCCAGGCGCGGCUGCGCAGCCCCGAGGGCAUGAGCCUGGCCGAGUUCCUCUACCCGGCGCUGCAGGCCUACGACUUCCUACACCUCCACCGCCACCACGGCUGCCGCGUCCAGCUCGGGGGAGCCGACCAGAUGGGCAACAUCAUGUCCGGCUACGAGCUCGUCACCAAGAUGACCGGAACAGAUGUGUUUGGAAUUACUGUACCUCUUAUUACCAGUACUACUGGAGAUAAACUGGGAAAGACUGCUGGCAAUGCAGUUUGGCUAAACAGAGAUAAGACUUCUCCAUUUGAGCUAUAUCAGUUUUUUGUCAGGCAACAAGAUAACGUAGUUGAAAAAUACCUGAAACUCUUCACCUUCCUUCCUCUUGAGGAGAUUGACCACAUCAUGGAAAUGCAUGCUAAAGAACCUGAAAAAUGGGGCCCUCAGAAACGACUGGCUGCAGAAGUAACCAAGCUUGUUCAUGGUAGAGAGGGGCUAGAAUCUGCUAAGAGGUGCACUAAGGCCCUUUAUUACAGCAGCGUGGAGGCACUGGAAGCUAUGUCUGACCAAGAAUUACAGGAACUUUUUAGACAAGCUCCUUCAGCUGAAUUGAUGCUUGAACCUGGAAUGAACGUUCUUGACUUGUGUCGCAAAGCAAAUGCCAUUCCAGAUGGACCUAGUGGGUACCAGAAAAUCACAGAUGGUGGCGUUUCAAUAAAUGGGAUUCGAGUGACUGAUCCUGAGACUGUUCUAAUUCUCGGACAGCAUAUACUCAAGAACGGAGUAUCACUGCUUAGGAUUGGAAAGAAAAAUUACUACAUUAUAAAAUGGCUGCAGCUGUGACAACAGAAUCUCUCCGUAAAAUGAUGGAUCAUUUCAACUCUGUUGCUUGAAGAUGUACUUGAAGAUGUUUCUGUACUGUUACUACGCAGCUCACAAACUGCCCAAAACCAUGGUUUCAUUUUCAAAAUACACCAACGGGGUUUAAAUAAAGGCAGCUACGUUAUACCACUAAAGAGAUUUUUUAGAUACUCUGCCUUAUUUGAAGCACCAUUCAUAAGAGGAUACGCAGAAGAAGAAGAAAAGAUGAAUUUCAAAGCCCAAAGAUGGAGAUGCUGUUCCCCUCCUUUAACAAUCUUCUGUGUUGUAGGAGGAGAAUAGCGGCCAGGUACUUGACAGCAUAAUCCACAGCAAGAUGAGCAAAAGCACACUCAAAACCAGUAUUUCUUACGGAGGAUGUAUGCUGCUGCCCAGUUUGGCUUCAUCCUAACAGAGGAACCUGUGGAAGUGGGUAAGGACAACCAACCUACGAUCAGCAUUUUUUUUUCUGAACAGGUUUGCUUUGAAGGAAGCUGCAAAAGAUUCACAAUAAAUGAGUAGAAUGAGUAAACCAUAA